CUAGCUCCGUCCGUCUGCUGCUAUCUAGACCAUCUCCUUCCUCCUGACCUCUUCUCUAACCUCCCACUUCAUCACCACCGUAGCAUCACCUCACAAUGGCUGUCAAUCUGAACGAGUCCGGUGUGCAAACCGCUUCACCCGUGACCGUGAGUCUCCGCGACCUGCAGUCAGGUUCGGUACCCUUCGAGGCUCUUGAACAGGCCUUUGGGCCAGACUCUCUGGGUAUCAUCGUCGUUCGUGAUCUGCCGUCUGAUUUCAUUACCAUGAGAAAGACCCUGCUGUCGUAUUCUUCUUAUCUGGCCAAUCUGCCUCAGGCUGAACUAGAAAAACUUGAGAACCCCGAGAGCAGCUAUCUUGUAGGCUGGAGCUGUGGAAAAGAAACUCUCAAGAACGGUCGCUAUGAUACGCUUAAAGGCUCCUACUACGCCAAUCCUGUGCAGGAUUCUACUCUGCACCAGAAGGCCAUCGAGAUGUUUCCGAACCUUCCAGAAUACAACGCAGCAAAUGUAUGGCCAAGCAACCAGGUUCUCCCUGGAUUUGAGCAGACCUUCCAAAACCUUUGCAACUUUAUCGUCGACACCGCUGCAUUGGUCGCCCGGGCUUGUGAUCGUUACGCAGUCAAGAACGUUCCUCAAUACCAGGAAGGUUACCUGGAACAUGUUGUCCAGACGAGCAUUUCGACAAAGGCACGUCUGCUACACUAUUUUCCUUCGCCGGCCACAACUGAGGGUGCUGCUGAAAGCUCACCUGACGACUGGUGCGCCACACAUCUGGACCACGGUUGUCUGACAGGUCUGACAUCAGCCAUGUUCAUCGAUGAAGCAGCGAACCCUCCUCACAUCGAUUCUGCAAACAUCUCACCCUUGCCAGAGCUGUCUUCACCUCCUGACCCAGCCGCCGGCUUGUACAUUCAUUCUCGCUCGGGCAAGGUGACCAAGGUCAACAUUCCAAAGGACUGUCUUGCUUUCCAGACUGGCGAGGCUCUAGAAGUCAUCACCCAUGGUAAGUUCAGAGCGGUACCUCAUUUCGUCAAAGGCUCCGCUCCCGGCAAAGGGGGCCAGGUUGCCAGGAACACCCUGGCUGUAUUCACCCAGCCGAACUUGUGGGAAAUGGUUGAUGAGAAGCGUAACUUUGCUACAUUCGCCAAGGAAAUUGUUGAACGCAAUCAUUGAACGGGAAGGACCAUGUGCCCCGGCUCGUUUGUAGCCGUAUCAUAAUAUCAAACCAAGUGCAACUUCCCGAUUUAAUGAUUGCAAGUUGACUCGCGCUGGGGCUGAAGCGAGCUAAGACUGCCGGCUUUAUGGUGGACCGGUCAAAGCACCUGUUCCUCAGCGAGUGUGGUAGUGUGAGUACAUAUGAUACCGAUCUACAAUAUGUAGCUAGCCCAAAUCCGCCAGGU